AUGCCUGUUCUCCAGAACAUUGGGCAGACUACCAAGGCGCCGGCGUCCCAGUACGUUCUCUCGACAGCUUCCUCGUCUCCCACACGGCGGCCUCCCCCGGGCGUUGUAGCGGAGUCCAUGACUGCUAAAGACCAAUGUCUUAAGAUCAUCAGCCACGAAUUCCGAGCGCUUCAACUCGACCCGCUGCUUGCCAAAAUGUCAGUUUUCGACCUUAUCGAUCACUGUGCGGCCCUUUUUGAAGAGCUGACCCAGCAUCUAGCAUCAGAACGGGGCUUCUGUAGCUACGUCCGUUCGUUUUUGAUCUUCAACUACUUUGUGAACACCUUCAUCAUGGUCCACUUCAAUGGCUUUGCAAAAUUCAUGGAGAAUCUGCAUCAGGACUUCAUAAUCUACUUAAACUUAUACAAUUUCUUCCGACGUGACGAUAUAUUAGGCCCCAAUGCCUUUGAUGUGGACUUGGCAGAACUUCGUCAGUGGAUCAUCCAGUAUUUGACCUCCAAGGAUUUGCUUUCUUUCGAUGUGGACCUCCUUUUCGGUUGGCUAAAUGAAUACAUUGACUACUUAAAACAUAAAGACGACGAUUCCAGUGACGCAGAUCUCGUUGAAACAAAUCUGAAGUCUCAUUCUGAUUAUUACAAGACCGAUGGAUCCAAGCUGUACAGUUUAUCGCUGCAUUUGAAAGGUCCCAAUGAUUCCUUAGAUGGCUCACUCGAAGAUGAUGACGAUAUGUUCAAUUUUAAUUCUCGAUUCCCUGAUGUUUCUCCGUCACUAUCCCCAUCCAAAGAUCCUCCUUAUCCAGUGGAAGACCCUGGUACAACAAAGAAGGAGAUGCCUCCAUACCCUUUGAAUUCGGCAGUAGAGACUUCCAAACGCCCACUCGCUAUUCCACCAGCCGUCGUCGUUCCUCGUGUUUCCCCAAUCAAUGCAUCUGGCAACGGAACGGGACCCAGAAAUCCGGGCCAAGUUUCUUACAACUCGAGCCAAAGUUUUGUUUCGGUAUCUUCUUCGCUGCAAUUAACUGCUCGUGAACCACCACUUCCUCCUCCUCAUCAAGUGCCGUCUUCAAGUCUGCUAACAUACUCAGCUCCUUAUGGCAACAAUUUCCAGGCAGAUGGACAACUGGACCCUCAUACACGCCAUCCAAUUUAUGCCAAUCGUUCUGAUGGACAUGGCGUUGCUCUUGCAGCUCAAAACAAUGGCCAUGGUAAUGGACAGGGACCCUAUCUUCAGCGGCCAGCUCCUAACGUUAAUGGUAAUCCAUAUGCGAACUAUUAUCGACAACUGGCUCUGUUACCCUACGGGCAGUAUACUAAUGGCCAACCAAUGAUUAACGGCCAGCCAGUCAUUAAUGUUCAGCCAAUUUCAAACGGUCAACCAGUGAUCAAUAACCAACCACCUAUGCUAGCUCAACCAGUCGUUAAUGGACACAUGAUACCCAGUGGACAUGUCCCAUUUACUGGCUCUGUUCAGAAUCUGAAAUCAUCUUGGAUGAGAGAUCACUGUGUUUGUGGAUUGAAAAAUAUGGGAUCGUCUUGCUACAUUAAUUCGGUCACGCAAGUAUUUUUUGGUCUUGGACGCAUUAACUAUCUAUUCGACGCCAACUCAGAGCUCAGUCAGAGGUUACGUUCACUUCACAAGAAGCCCAAGCUUGUGGACUCGGUGGCCAAUCUUCUAUCAACAUUCAAUGGGAAUGGUGGAGCGAAUAUAGCCCCUACGAAGUUUUUGCGUGUCUUGUCAUCUCUCAAACCUGACUUCAACAUCCCUUUUGAGCAACAAGAUGCACAAGAGUUUUUGCUUUUCAUGAUUGACAGGUUGCAUGAGGAACUCGCCAAAAAACCUGUUGGAGACUUUGUGGACUAUAUAUCGAAGUGGAAGAUCACUGUUAACCCUAAGGAGCGUGAUGAGUACCUAAAAUGGUACCAUCAGCUCUUACAACAUGAAGGGGAGUCGCCCAUCAACGACUUAUGUCAGGGUCAUGUGCAGAGCAAACUCAGUUGUAACACUUGCGGGCAUAAGUCGAUCAGCUAUAGCCCGUUUUCUAUUCUAUCGCUUCCCAUUCCAAACGCCAACUCCCGUGGUGUGGAUCUCACUGACUGUUUGCGUUACUAUACGCAAGAUGAGGUGUUGAGUGGAGAAAACGCCUGGAGGUGCCCAAAGUGUAACAAGGAUAGUGAUUCUAACGAAGAUAAGGAAAAUCCUAUGGAUGUGGUGUUCCAGCCCAAGAGAGGUAUGUUCAAGUUUUCAAAGCGAAGCAAGUCUCCUGCCAAAAAGACUCCAAGCUCUAGUGCAAAGUCAUCAGUCAAUUCGCCUGCCCCAACAGCGAUUUCCAUCAAGCAACUUAGUUUCAUCAAGUUGCCUCCUGUGUUGUUCAUCCACUUAUCCAGAUUCUCCAUGUUCAAUCUCACUGAUAAACUCCACACGGAUAUUACAUAUCCGUUGAGACUCAAGUUCAAUCAUCAGACUCAUGACAUAGUGUAUAACCUCACUGGAUUAAUCAACCACUAUGGAAAUCUCAAGAGUGGUCACUACACCUCACUCGUCAAUAAGGCGAGCGUUCAUGGAAAGGGUCCUGUGGAUCCUUUGCAAUCACCAGCCUGGUGCUACUUUGACGAUGACCACAUCAGGAUCAAUGUUCCCCACGGUGACGUUAAUUCGAAUGAUUCCAACAAGUUGCGUUCGCGUGACGUAUACGUUCUAUGUUACGAACGCAUAUAG